UGUAAAGCUUUAUCUGCAGAUAUGACAGGAAGGGUCUAUAAAUUGUUCUGGAUAUAUUUCUGUAUUUUGCAGUGGAUAAUUGAGCAAAGCAAUCAAGCAUUUGGUUGUACUUCUACUACUGUUCAGCACAAACAAGCAGGAGAUAAUGUCACGAUACAGUUCCAGGCAAGGACAGUUAACACAGAAAAUUCUGCACUUUUUGUCACAAACCAGAUACUUUCCCAGAAUGACAGCACAUUACUUACAGUGGCCUAUACCAAUGGUGUAGUUAUAGUUCCUCCUCGCUGCAAUGGCUGUACAUUCACUGGUAAUGCAGCUACGGGAGACCUUUCUAUCAGACUUGAAAACGUACAAGAAGCAAAUGGAGGUACAUACAAAUAUUCAGUAAUUGAAGCAAGCAGCAGAGUGAAAGGAUGUGUCACUGUCUAUAUAUUGGGUGUACCACAAACUCCGAAAAUAACAGAUAACAACAACAAUUAUGAAGGUCAAAGCAUUGUUCUGACAUGCAACAGCAAAUCAACAACAUUUCCACCUGAUCCGAACCUUGGUCUCAAUUAGAAGUGGAAACUGGAAGAUGUUCUCAACCCUUUAGAUCUAAGAUACACAUAUACACACAAUACGUUGACUAUCAGCACUUUAAUAAAGGAGGACGCAAACAAACAUUUUAUAUGUGAAGCUUCAGAGUCAGGUCCUGGUGUAACAGGCUUAUCUUCUUCAUGGAGUGAUGCAGUUACUUUCCAUG